AUGCAGCGAAAGUCGUCACUCCCCACCGUAUCGGUCUCUCCAUCCCGGACGCCCAAGGUACUUACCCGGACAACCAGUAGCUCGACGACCUCCUCCCCUCAAAGCAGCGCACCAUCCACGGCCCAUCAGAUGAACUUCCCAAGCCAUCCGCCCGUCCUGGGCAAGGUGGGUACGACGGGGGAUCCGGUCCUAGCGAAGCGGCGGGCGAGGAACCUUCUACGAGACUACUACGGUCUCGGGAACCCAACCGAGGCCGCCAAUCCAUCCGGACCGGAAGAACCGGGCCUCGCACAUGUAUCUGGAUCGACUAACGACUCGGCUCGGCUGAGCCAUCCCCAGGAACGACUCUCGAUCGAUUCGCCCUACUUCGAUGUCGACGCUUACUUCAACAAGCUCGUCGGAACCUCCUCCUUAAACUCCCUCCUCUCGACCGCCAAUGAACUCAUGUCCGAGAUUCGCGAGCUCGAUGGCGAACGACAAAGCUUGGUCUAUAAUCACCAUCAUGAAUUGGUCGAAGCAAGCGAAACGAUCGAUAAGAUGAAGAGUAGCUCUCAGAAGCUUGAUGGAACUCUGUCCCAGCUACAAGAUUCCUUAUCAGUGAUCUCUCAGCUCUCAACCAGCCUGACGAGCACUCGAGCCCCGAGCAACCUGCAGAGCCCUUCAGAUCCAACCGCCACGACUUCUGAGACUGCACUCACCAACAAGUUCGAAGACGGUCUGCAUCUCUCGGCGUUAUUGAGUUUGCCUGCCGUCCUGAAAGGUCUGCUGGCCACCGAGACACGGGCGGCGGCUGAUCAGCUCUGGGGCCAAUGGGAACCGGCCCUGAGGUCCUUCGAAGAGGCGGGCGUCCAGGGCGCUAAGCAGGUCGGUAAUGAAUGUCGAGAAGCACUAAGGAAUGCUAAAUCAUUCACUGCUUGA